AUCCCUUCAAUCAAUUUGUACAGGUCGAAGUUGCUGGUCGCUGCAUUUCCAUCAUCAACCAUGCCUCAAAGUGAGCACGUUAAGCGGCCGAUGAACGCCUUCAUGGUGUGGUCCAGGAUGCGUAGGAAGAAAAUUUCACAGGAUAACCCUAGACUUCACAACUCAGAAAUAUCGAAGCUCUUGGGCGUAGAAUGGAAACUUCUUUCGGAAUCCGAAAAAAGACCGUUUAUAGACGAAGCAAAACGAAUUAGAACCCAACACAUGCUAGAACAUCCUGAUUACAAAUACAGACCUAGAAGAAAACCUAAAGAACUUGUGAAAAAUUUUGUCUCAAAUUAUGCCGAACAAAAUAUUUUAAAUAGGAAUAUUUAUGGACAAAAUGAAAACUGCACAAUGCUCUACAACACAACAGAAUCAAAACUAAAUUUGGCACACCAACCGUAUGCGUUAUCAUUAAGCCUACCAACACCAGAAAGAAUACCAUUGACUUAUCCAGAUUCUGUUAAAUCCGAGCAGAGAUUACUGCAAGACGAAUAUUCAUCGGUUAUGGAUAUUAACAGCCAUCACCAAAGAGAAUUUGGACCAUCAUUACCUUCUCUGCCACCUUAUAAUUCUUUACAGGGUAGUAUUCACCAUAAUUCGUUACUUAGGGCAGCAUCAAUAUAUGCUUAUCAUGAUUUAGCUUCUAGUAAUAAUUUGCCUUUGUAUUUUCCACAUAUUUGA